AUGGUUGCAACUAUCAAUAACUACUUGUGUAACGCGAGUCGAAGCGCAGUUUUGUUUCCACACAGCAAGUCCACAGCCGUUGUUAUAGACAACGAUAUACUAGAAGACAUCCAAGUGAUCGAGCCUGAGAUAAGAAGCUCAGACCGGGAGCUGUACAACGCCCUUCAAGAGGAAGUUGAACGACUAACCGAUUUGCUCGAAACUACACAGAAACCGGAGUCUACUGCUAUCUUUUUAUGCCGAAGAGGUGCUGUCUUACGCAAGCUCGGAUAUUUGAAGAGGGCGUGGGAUGACUUAAACAGGUCUAUUGAGCUGGAACCUAAACUGCUGGAUGCUUACUGGCACAGACAUCUGUUGCAUCUGCUACAGGAUAAUCGAAAGUCAGCUCUGGAUGACUUGUCUUUCAUUAUCAAGCACAGUAGUACGCAGGCUCGAGCCUUUCGAUCCAGGGCAGAAUUGUAUCGUCUGGAAAAUGACGCCACAAUGGCCAUUGUCAAUUACUCUCAGGCGAUUAAGUUGAACCCAGCCGAUGCUGAAACCUACUAUCAGAGAGCAGCCAUGUUUAAAAUGCGUGGAGACAUGAUUCUGGCUCUUGAAGAUUACAAGAUUGCAGCCAAGCUUUUGCCCUCAAAGACGGACGCCAUGUUCGAGAUGGGACUCUUUCGUUUUAACAACCAAAACUGGACUGCGGCUCUGAGAGAUUUCACCCAACUUCUCCAACAAGACCCAGAAGAUUCCAGAGCUUAUACCUACAGAGCAAGAGCUCACGCCAAGACGGGUAAUUUUGAGGCUGCAUUAAAAGACCUUGCCGCUGCUGUUCAUUAUGAUCCUCAAAAUGCCGUCGCAUUUUACCACAGGGGCUGUUUACUGAGGAAAGUUCAUCCGAGGAGAGCCUUGCAAGAUUUCAGUGUGUCUUUGCUUCUUGACAAUUCUGAAGAGAACGUCAAAGCGUUUUUGCACCGGGGUAUUCUGUACACCGAUCUUAAGAGAUGGGAGGAUGCUGUCCCUGAUUUCGAAGCUGCUCUUCAGUUGGAUUCCGAGUUAGCAAGUGCUCAUGUCAACAUAGGCCUGAUUUACAUCAUCAAGUAUAGCAACUAUCACAAGGCUGUUCGCCGGUACACAGCAGCCAUUCGGGUUGAUCCCACAUACAUCAGAGCUUAUAUCUGUCGAGCUGAGGCAUACCACAAACUCCACAUGAUUCAAGAGGCAAUCCUAGACUACACGAGAGUAAUUCACAUGAGACCAGACAUAUCCGACUACCACAUGGCCAGAGGAAAACUGUUACUGGAGCAGAACAAAUUAGAGCUGGCAAGUUUUCAUGUCAGACAAGCCGCUGACCUCAACAGUGGGUUAGGAGCGUCUGCAACUCAACAAGCUGUGGUGCAGAGUUUCUUGAGGAACUUCGACCAGGCCAUUGAAGUUCUUGAACGAGCAACUCGUGUGAAACCUGUAGCUCCUUUGUUCAUUCUCCUGGGAAAAACCAACAUGAAGGCCAAGAGAUUUGAAAACGCCAUUAGCAGCUUUGAGAGGGCCAUCAAGGUCAUGACUCCAUGGAAUCCUCGCCAUGAAAUGCCAAUAGAAGCUGCGUCUGUUCAUUUCCUAAUUGGCAUGUGUCAAUCAGAGCUUGGAAGACCCCUUGGUGCGCUGGAUGCUUUCAACAAUGCUAUACGAGUGAACCCGGAUUAUGCUGAGGCUUUCUACCAGCGCGGACUCACUAAAAUGAAGCUGAAACACGCCAAAGGAAUCCACGAUUUUAACCGAGCACUGGCCAUCAAUCCCACUUUAUUCCAGGCAUUUUUGAGUCGAGCAGCGUACUAUGGUAUGAAAGGACGGUACAGCAAAGGAAUCAUGAGUUGUAACGAGGCCAUCAAACUACAGCCUCGCAGUGUCAGGGCUUAUCUUUACAGGGGAGCCUUAAAGUACAACAUCAAAGCUUACAGUCUUGCUGUGAAAGAUCUCACAGAAGCUGUAGCAAUCGACUGCAAAUGUUCACUGGCUUACUUCAACCGAGCCGUGUGCUACCAUGAAAUGAGAUUCUUUCAGAAGGCGCUGAUGGAUUAUGGAACUGUCAUGUUACUUGAAGACACUCCAAACAUUAAGGUUCUACAGAAUCGAGGAUUGCUGUAUUACGAAAUAGAUGACAUGGAAAACGCUCUUCAAGAUUUUCUGGCUGCAGCUAAGGUUUCUCCGCAGAACCCUCAUAUUCGUCACACCUUGGGUCUGUGUUACCACAGGUUAAACCGCCUGGAGGAAGCCGUGUCUUCAUACAACGAUGCUCUGCGUAUCGAUCCGUUCUUUGUCGAGGCUUAUAAUGGCCGAGGAAAUGCACUGAUGGACUUUGGACACGAAGACGGCACCGUACUUGGAAGGCAUGAUUAUUUGAAGGCUCUUCACAUGGACCCACUCUGUUUAUCUGCACGAGUUAACUUGGGCUACAACCUGCAAGUGGAGGGGAAGUUCCAGGCAGCGUGGAGCCAAUUUUCCGCAGCAAUAACCAUUGAUUCAGGAUGUCAGUCAGCUCUAGAAGGACGAGCUGUGGUAAAUCUACAGAUGGGUAACACGUUUGGUGCCUUUGUUGAUAUGAAUGAAGCCAUUAAGAUUUCAAAGACUGCAGAGCUGUUGACCAAUCGUGGAGUUGUGCAGCAGUUCAUGGGUGACUUCGUUAACGCCAUCCGUGAUUAUCAAGCGGCAGUCAAAACCGAUCCAUCUUAUGCACUGGCUUACUACAAUGCAGCUAAUGUGUACUUCAGACAGAGACAGUUCAAACAGGCACUCAGUUACUACAACAAAGCACUGUCGUGGUAUGCUGAAGAUGAGUCCGCGGUACUGAACCGAGCCAUAACCAAGGUGAUGAUGAAAGACUCCAGAGGUGCAAUACAAGAUUUUAAUCGGGCAGUGGAGCUGAAUCCGUAUGCGGCUCAUGUGUACUUUAACCGUGCAAACCUGUAUGCUUCAUUGAGGAAAUACAAAGAUUCAGAGGACGACUAUACAAGAGCCUUGAGUCUCAAACCCGGAGAUGCUCUUGUCUACAAAAGGCGAGCUGAUGUUCUUGGUAAACAAGGCAAAAAAGUGGCCGCUAUCGAGGACUACAAACGAGCAAUAGUCAUCCAGACAAGAAAACAGUGACACGUCAAGAAGUUGCGUCUUCAAAUUCAAUGUUACUCCCAGUGAGGUCUACUAUGUUUCUUCGCGAUGUGAAGAACAUUUCUCGUUUAUGAUUUAAGUGUUCAUUGUUGUCAGUGCUAGCUAGACAGCAAGAUACCUCCAACUGAGUUUUAAACAAACAGACACUGAGCUACAAGGUUGGUAUUUCAACAAAAAUGUAAAUGAAACUACAGUUUGUAAAUAAGAGUUUGUGAAUAAGAGUUUUUAACCAUGAACAGCAUUGUUUUAACAGAAUUGUAAAAAGCUUUUUAUUUAUUUUUUCAUUAAAAACAAGUUUUUCUUUCAAUUAUUGGUGUAAAUGCUCCUUCAGAGAAAAAGAGUUAAAAAAAUUACUUGUGGUGAGUAAUGUUUUCAAAGACGAGAAAUCUAAAUGAAAUACUUGUGGCUUCAAUAUGAACCAGUAAAUUAUCAAAAAAUGGAAUAAAGAAAUAAUUUUCUUGACUAUUACA